GCAGCAGCAGGGACUGUGGACAUCAGUCCAGGCUUCUCCUUUCCCAUGGCUCAGGGUAGUUUAAAGAGACCACUGAGCUGGACAGGCACUAGGUGAAGGACUGUGCAGCAGCUGGCCAUGGUCUGCAUGUGCUGAGGAGGGGGACAAGGACUGAAGAUGCUCCUCUUAUCCCUCUGGAUGCUCUUCCUGGGGACCCUUCAUUCCAUCACCUGCAGCUCCCCGGAGAAUCAGUGCAACUGGAGGGGAAGCGGGCUGUCUCUGGAACCAAAAUCAGUGGAACAAGUUUCACUGCAGUGUGCGGAGGGCACCGUGGAAUGGUUGUACCCAACGGGAGCAAUUCGUCUCAGCCUUGUACCGCGCCAGUCCUUGGCUUCUCCGGGGCCCUUGCCAAGCCGCUUCACAGCCUGCAUCAAGCCCGCAGCUUCAUUCCGGGGGGCCCAACUGUACCUGGAGAAGGAGGGGGUGCUGGAAUUGUUACUUUCGGAGGGAGCACCGGCCAUGCUUUCCAGGGUGCAUUGCUUCAGUUGGCAGCCUCACCAGAAGGUGGCGCUGUUCCUCCAAGCCACGCCUCAGUUGGACAUCAGCAGGCGUAUCUCCGCUUUCCGCUAUGAGCUAAGAGGGGACUGGGAUGGACGGUUAGCUCUGCCACUGACCAAGAUGAGCAUUGAAGGUGCCUGCAGUCCCUGCAACGACACCGAGAUCCUAAUGGCUGUGUGCACUAGUGACUUUGUCGUCCGUGGCAACAUCCGAAGAGUGGUCAAUGAUGCUGAGCUUCAGGAGUCUGUGAUCGGGAUCAGCGCCACCCGGGUCCACCGACAGAAGUUCACCUUGUUCCAGCCUCGCGGUCACUCUGUAAAGUCCCUGGGCGACAUUAGGACUCCUCUCAGCUGUGGGGUUAAGCUUGGGCCCGGCAGCUUUCUCUUUAUGGGGUGGGUCCACUUUGGCGAUGCCUGGCUGGGAUGCGCCCCUCGUUACAAGGACUUCAAGCGAGUGUACGAAGCAGCCACACAUCUCCGUGAAAACCCAUGUGAGAUCCUGCUGGACUGAUGGUAAUGAUAAGCUGGGGUACGAGCGAUUGAUGCAGGAGCAUCGUUCUGACAAAGGAAGGGAUCUAACGGGCCAGGAUUGGAAGACCACCUGUUUUACUUGUCAUAUGUUUCUGGAACCUUCGGAAAGCUUCAAGGGGCCUUCACCACCACCAUGUUAGAAACACAGCUGUCAUUUUAUAGCCUGGAUGUCAAAUGUCCUGCAAAACCAUUCUAGAUUGCAACCAGAGGUUUUGCAAAGUACAGACUAGCUGACAGGAUGAGGCGCCUGACAGACUUUAUCUUCUGAAAUAAACAUGGAGAACUUAUUUCCUUCCAGAUUGGAAUCCAGACCUGCCGUCUUCAUGUUGAGUCCUGUGUGGAGGAACUUUGAAUGUGGAAGCUUCUCCUGGACCAAUCCCCUUUCCUUCUCACAUUUGCACUCCUAAAUAGACUUGCUAGAGAACUGAGCCAGUUCUUACACUCCCUUCAUUUUGCGGGAGUACUUAUUGCAUGCGCCACCUCCAAGAUGGUGGAAUCUCAUGUACCUUCUAAGAGAAUAUAACGGCAGCUAGAGGCAAACCCUGGACAGCACUCUCCCAAUGGAAAUAGACCAGCAUUAUUUAAAAGAGGGGGAAAAAAAGAGAGCGGACAGGCCACUGGCUGGCCAGGCAUUCUGUGAGAUGCACUAGAAAAGAAUAAUUAAGCACUAUUGUGCCAUUGGGCAGUAGCCUGUAGCUAUAAACUGGAGUUACUGUAGUAUGAGUUUUUUGUUUUUUAUUUUAUUUAAUAGCUCCCAAAUCCUGAUUCUGGUUCUGUUCAUUUCACGUAUCUUAUCCCCAACAUAAACAGACACAAAUCGGCUUUAAAAAAAGAAAAGAAAAGAAAAAAAGUUCAUCAGUCAUUUUACUUUUUUCUAAUAAUUAACCACUAAUCUGCCAGAUGCAUGCAUUCAUGAGUUUUCACUUAAAUAACUCUAACAACACCAUUCAGCCUGUUCCUGGAUGGGUACCGUUUUAUUACGCUACAGAGUUAAAUCUCAAAGAGAUUAUUUUUUAUGAAAAUGUUUUUUUAAUUUAUGUCAUUUUUGGGUUUUUUUACAUUUCAAUGUGCACUAAAAUAUAUUUUUUUUUUACAAUACCAAACUUUGAUUUGUGAUUUGGUGAAAGCAGAUUCAUCAUGAUAUCUUAAUUUAUUUUUUACACAUCGUCUGUGUAGAGUAAAGGUGAAGUCACGUGUAAACAGCCCAAAUAGUUGCUUACAGGAGUUGAUAUUGAUCCUUUGGCAUGCCACCUUAGAACUUUUUCAAAGGCAUCCAUGUUAUAAGGGCCACCGUGGAGGCAGCCAUUUUGUAAUCUGCACCAUAAUCUGAGAGAUUUCACUUUUAGGAGCUAGUGACACCUCAGAGUCCAAUUAAAAUCUCAAGGAGCCCUAGGCAAGUAGAAUGAGUGGGAUUUGGCCCACUCAGUCCUAGGCAGGAGCAGUGGUUACAUAAUAGGUAAACUGGGUCUUGGCCAUGACCAGUUAGCUCACAAUAUGGCUGCCGUCACCGUGUGUGGGAUGAAAUUACUGUUUAAAUAUUAAGGGACUGGAGGAGUUAAAAGGCCCCUCAGUUGACUUAUAAGCAUGGUCACUGACAUACUGCCCUAUUACCGAAAAGCCGUCUGCCAAAGACGGUUAUAGUAGAAGCGGCUGUGAGUUGUGAUAUAACCCGUGACAUCGUGGGGACUUUGUGUAAAUCGGUACCUGAUAAUGACUGAAGAAGGAUAGUGUUACUUCCUGUAGGACGCUAUUGCAUAAGCCGGUGAAAACGUGUCACCUCUUUACUGUAAAAUAUGAUGGAUCUACGUGGAAAUAUUUUGUGGAAUCUUCUGUAUUUUUUAUUUGUGUGUGUUGAACAUCUAAAAUGUACUGUUACCUUAUCUCCGUGAUGGCUGAAAGCUGUUCCUCCUAACCUGACACUUUAUAAACUACAAAAAUGAACUGUGUAAAGAUAAUCGUCACGUAAUAUCCCAUAGGAUACCAGGUCUAGGCCCAGAUAUAUCAAGCCUCGGAGAGUGAAAAAUAGCACUGUGAUAAAGUACCAACCAAUCAGCUCCUGUCAGUUUUCAAAGUCAGCCUGUCACAUGGCAGAUAGGAGCUGAUUGGCUGGUACUUUAUCACCGUGCUAUUUUUCACUCUGCGAGGCUUGAUAAAUGGGGGCCCUAGUGUAGAGGAUUUCUCCCUUGUUCUAUACGCUAGUGUACGACAGAAGAAUUAUGGCUGACUUCUAAAAGUUUUCCAAAAAGUUUCAUUAUCCCACAACUGGUUAUCAGCCCGUCAACAUGACAGUAUUGUCAGUGCCGACAGCUGUGCAUGCCCGAACGGAGCAACAAUAACUUUUAAUGCAUUAUUAUUAGUACUAAAUAAUACAUAUUGUGACCCUAUGGGUGGAAUUCAAUUGUUUGAAAAGUCAGUUGGGUGUCUGUUUUUUCCUGUCUAUUAGAUAGGAAAAAAACAGACAACCAGCUGACUUUUCAAACAAUUGAAUACCCCCCUAUGUAUUGUAUAAAUCUACAAGGUACAGCGGAACUGUGGGACGUAAGGACAGUUUAGCCCUUGCGGAGGUAACGUGACAGACAGCGCUGCAAUGUUAUAGCUUGAUCACUGCCAGACUUGAGGGGAAGUGUAUCAAGCUUUGGUGAGAGACAAAGUGGAGAAGCUGCCCAAAGCAACCAAUCAGCUUGUAACUGUCAUUUCAAAGGCUGUGCUAGAUAAAUGACUGUGGGAAGCUGAUUGGGCAACUUCUCCACUUCUCCAUCCAAGGCUAGAUACACCGCCCCCUCAAUGUCGAUCUAAACACUGCACUGUCCGCGGGACACCACUUGCAUCUUGUCUGGUGACAGGUGCGCGGGGGCGAUGUGGUUUUGUAUCCUGCAAAAUGUAUAUGAAGACUAUGUAAAUAUGUGUUCAACAAAUAGAAUUUUAUGUAAAUUACUUGUACAGUUAAAUGUGAUUUUCUUUCUAUAAAUGUUUCUGUAUAUGUCCUGUGCUGUGUUUUAUAUAUAUAAAUACAAAAAAUCUAAACAA